UAACAAAUGUCAAACGAUUCUUGCAUAUUUUGCUGUUUUGUUUACAUGUAAUUUUCGUACUGCGUGCUGCCGGAAAUAUUCUACUCAAAACAAAAUGGCAUCCACAGUGGAGCAGCCCAGCCGGAUAAAUCCGCCCCUCGAGGAACUAUCGGAAGAGAAACGAAAAUUUCGUUAUCGAGCUGGCGCAUUUCUGGCAGCAGUCGGUGCAACGUCAGCGGUAGCAGGAUUCAGCAAAGCGAUCAUGUCGGCGAAGAAAUCGGACCCGAAAUAUUUCGACAAAGGGUUGCACGGUAGCAUAGCGCUGCAUGAGGCCGGUACGAGCUUAGCGCUGCGGGCACUCGGUUGGGGCACACUGUAUGCGAUCCUUGGGACGGGCACCAUUUGCUUCGGCAUAUGGAAGCUAAGCGGAGCGAACAAUAUGGAAGAAUUUCGUGAGGCGGUCGGUAAAGUGCUGCCCCGAGUACCGCGGAACAAUCCACCGACGAGCCGUACCGAGUUCGAGGGACUGACCGAUCUCAUGCAGUACCUUUCGACGUGGGGCAAGGAUGAGAAGAAUGUGGCUACUGCCUUGACAAACAAACAGCCUAGUCCAUAGUGAACGGUGCGCGUGCGAACGAAAUUGGCGAUAGAAUUAAACCGGAAAAAAGGCAAACCGGGCAGCAACCAGUAGCUCUUUUGUUGUAAUAUGGGUUUGAAAUGUAAAUAUACGUAGACACACUUAACAAACGA